UGAUGCUAAAUUUUUAUGGGAAAUGAACAUUGAUGAUUUAAUCUAUACCCCUUGUACAAGUCAAAAUUGGAAAAACACGCCAUCAAAAUGUCAGAUUAUAGAGGCAUAUAGAACGAAACUUUCGCCUGAAUUUACAGGAAUUACCGUACAACAUUUAUUACUUUGUCUGGCUCUUUAUCUGCAGCUCGGUGAUAAGAAUUCUACAGCGGAAAUUGUGGAAGACGUUGAUAUUUUCAAUCAAUUGUGUGAUUUGGUUUUUUCAAAUCCAAAUUUAUUAAAACAGAUAUCUACAGGGAGUUAG